AUGCCCGCCAUGGAAAAUAAACGCAAGGCCUCAGGGGGUGAUAUCAAGCAAUCGCGCGACACCAAAAAUCGGCGCCGCUACGUCCAACACCUCCGCGGCACAAAGCAGCCGCACGACGGCGCCCAACACUCGCACGAGGACCUGCGCCGGUGGCACAAGAAACACUUCCUCGAGUCCUUUGUCCUCCGCACAAACCUGUACCCAGACGCCUUCUUUGGACCCCUCGACACCGUCGAGAACAUGGACUUGACGUUCCUCUGCAGGUCCUUCGCUUGGGCCAAGUCCUUCUCGACCUUUGUCAUGUUGCGGUAUCACAACGUAGGCAAGGAAGGACAAGCCACGCUCCGGGCAUGGGCAUUGCACCUUCCUGAUCUCCCCGAUCAUCGGUGCAACACAUUGAUGGAUCUCAGCGCUGUUGUUACCCUCUCCAUCUCCUCGUCCUUGCCUAACCCGAUGUAUACCCUCAUCCCGGCCGAUUUGACCAUCAUCGCCCUUUGCCCUCUUUGA